AUGGCUCCUCUUCGGCCCCGUGUUGCCAAUGCUUGUGAGGCUUGCAGGUGCUUGGCUUCCAAAAGAGAGUGUAUCUUCAAGACUGGUCCCAGAAAAAGACGGCCUAGAGGGUCGAGGAUAAACGCCGACCAAAACUCCACAACAACAACCAGCAAGACCAACUCCAACUCCAAAACAUCAACAACAGCUAAAACCACAAUCAAAACUUCAAACCCCUCCUCCCUCCAAAAACAAUCUCCCCUCCCCAGCCCAUUUCCCGGUCCUUCCCGUACCUUCACCAUCGACGUCCCCAUCCCCACCGCCUCCGUCGACAUAGCCAUCAGCUUGGAGUCUCUCCGUCUUAACCACGAGGGGUUUAUGGAUCACAUUUGCCCCGACCUCAGCACCGGGAUCGACUCUGAGGGAGAUGACGGUAUCUACGACUACGACUACGAUUAUGGAUCUGACGGCGAGCCAGUAGGGUCGGUAGUUUCUAGCCAUGCGAGUCAUGCUAGCUCCUUGCCUGUGGGAGCAUCGGCCGCUACGCCGGGGAGUAGUUCUACGUCUGCUUCUGGGGGUGGGUUUAGGAGUGGGAAGGGGAACACCAAAAUGGUAGGGCAGGGAGCGGGACUGGGCUCAGGCGGAAGCAGCAGAUCCCUCGCCUCCCUCUCAGUCCAACCACAAUUCAAUGUCGACUCUGCUUCACGACUAUUGGACACCUUUAGGAACGUCAUGUUGUGGCAUUUUCCUUGUGUGUUGGUUGAUCAUGUCGUCUACAAUAACAACGAGAAGGAGGAGGUGAAGGUGGAGCUGGAAGAAGCGACGGUGGCGUCCCUAGCAAGGGAGAGGCCGUUCGUGCUGCUGGCUGUUUUGGCGGCGGCGAGCAGUACGCGGACAUUACAGGGUCAUAGUUUGUACGAUGAGGAGUUUAGGAAGAUUUUGGGGCUCAAGUUCGUGGCGGGGGGAGAGAGGAGUCUCGAGUUAUUGCAGGGGUUGGCGGUCUAUGUUGCGUGCUUCGCAACAUCAUGGAACCGCACACCGUCCAUGUCCUUCACUAGCUAUACCUCCAAAUGCUGCGACAUCCUCGAGAAGUACAGCAUAACUAAGGGAGACCGCAUCCUCCCCUGGCUAGUGCGUCUCCAACAGCUCUGCGAAGAAACAAACGAUCUACGUAAGCCGCAAAGGGGUGCGGGUGGUCUUCCACAGCCGACCGAGAGCCAGAUCGAGAUGAUCAUCAAAGGCAUGGAAGCCCAACUAAAUGAAUGGGAAGUCAAGAUGCCUUCUGAUCUUCAAUCAAUACCCUCAAUCCGCAUAACAACUCUCUUCACCCGUCUCUUUCUCACCGGCGCCCCCUUACUCAAGUUGCCCUCUGUCAAGCUUCCAGGGUUAGAAAAAGACCCCCCUUCCUUCCGGGUUGACGGGAACCGGCUUCUCAACCUGAUCCCCACCCUCCACCAGAACUACGAGUACUUUUUGUCACUUUCGGCAGACGAAAUCAACGCCUUCUCCAUGAUCGGCUGGGGGUGUCUCAUUUUGAGCACCAUCUUGGGGUUCCGCAUGAGUUUCCCCAUCAUGUUUUGUCCUGAAUGGGAUGAUUAUGCGGCGAGGAGGGUGGUGAAGUUUGGAGGGUUUUUGGAUCGGUUGUGUCGGUUGGGUACUUCUAUCUCGCCAACCUCUGAAAAGAUGGAUAAAGAUAGUAGGAAUGGCCUCAUCCCGGCGACGGUACCUACAACUAAAGGGAUGGAUGUGUUGAGUGCCAGCAAAGUUGUCUUUGCGGUGGUGAACAGGAAGUAUAGGAAUCGAGUUGCGAGGAUGGAGGGGGCUGGCAUGGGUAGAGGGAAGGGUAAGGAUACGAGGAUGGGCGAUGUUGGUGUCGUUGUGGGUAUUGCAAGUGAACAACAGAUCUCGGUUGAGGGGAGUGGUAAUGUGCCGCCGGGGGCAAUGCCGGGGAUGGGAUCGGGAACGGGCGAUUGGACUUGA